AUGUCAAACAACGAAUUAUCCAUUAUACAAUUUCAUACAAUUCCUCGUACAUUACCAUCACAAGUACUUAUUAUCGAAUUAUCACAACUGCCAAAUCGAGAAUCUCACUUAUCACGUAAUGAAAUAUACUCAUGGGGGAACAUGAACCUCGAACUUGAAUCAGCAAAUUAUUUAUUCGCAUGGCCAAUAACAUCAGAAUUAAUUAAUCUUCAGCCGCACUUUGCUGGUUGGUAUGAGAGGGCUCGGACUCAAUGUGGGACCCAGAGCCUGGAACAACAGGCGAUGGAGAAUAAUGAUAUUAUUGUUGGUCAACGAAAAUUGUCAACAUCGUCUUGUGCAUGUCAUCGUCCAAGUCCAUACAAUGAACAUCAGCUCUGGUUAUUACAGAAAGCAUUUUUAUAUAGUUUUAAUCUAUUUUUAGAUAAAACAAGUACCUUGUCACAUUGGUCAUAUGGCCUAUCUUCAAUUGGUUCAUCAUUAACACAUGCAGAGCGUACAAAAAUGAUAAAUUAUGCUAAAUACGACGUGAUGGCGGUAACUUAUCUCAUUAGACCAAUUACUGAACAAUGGUCGUUUACAAGAACAAAAGAAUCAAGCAUUGAAGAAACGUUUAUUACAUUUCAAUCAACACGACCACCACCAUUACGUCAACCAAAAUCGAAAAAGAAGAUAAAAAACAUUAAUGUUCAAAAAUUGUCGAAGAUAUUUACAUCCAUUAAUGAUUCUGACUAUGAAUUAAUAUCAUCAGAGGAUGAAAUUUAUUUAAAUCAAUUGAUAGAACCAGUUGUAAACGUCCAUCAUCCUGGAGAUCAAAUUAAUAAUGAUGAUAUGGCACAAGAUAUUAUUCGAGAUUUAGAUGAUGAUGUUGAAUUACAAAUUGAAGUACCAACAACUGAUGUUAUAAUGGAUGAUAAUAAUGAUGAUGAAGUGGAGAGUGUUGACAACCACAUUGUGGUUGUUAACGAGGAGGUUAAUACACCUGAACAUCAACAACAACGAGUUAGGAAAAAAAGAUCAUUUGAAACUAAACAAAAGAAAAAUCGAAAAAGGAACAUGCAAUUACGAGUAACUCGAUUUACAUAUUAUUUCACCAGACCAUAUUAUUCUAAAUUUAAAUCAAAAAUCAUCAAAAAAGAUCUUCAUCAUUAUGGUGUACAAUUUCGACACAUUAAAUUUUCAUAUGAUCAAGUGGUUAUUGGUGUUAAAACUAAUGCAGCUCGACGUGAUUAUGAAGAAACAUUACCAUACAAUUGUUUUAACAGAAGGAAUUAUUGGAGAUUUAGAAGGUGA